CGCAAACCAGAGCACGACGCUGCGGAGGAGACGACGACGACGACGACGAGGAGGAUCGCCAUGAAAGGGCGAUCGGUGAAGCUCCGGGAGGCGCACAGGGGCUCCGGCGCCGCCUCCCUCUGCUCCGUCGUGUGGGGCCCCGACGGGAGCCGCGUCGCCACCGCCUCCGCCGCGGACGCCUCGGUGUCGGUCCACGACCUCGUCGCCCACCCGCCGAGGCCCCCCGCGGCGAUACGCCACCACAGGGACGGGGUCACCGCCCUUGCCCUUGCCCUCGGCCCGAUCUGCGGAUCCCUCGCCUCGGGCUCCAUCGAUCACUCCGUCAAGCUCUACAGCUUCCCAGAAGGAGAAUUCCAGAGCAACAUUACGCGGUUCACUUUACCUAUCCGAUCCCUCGCCUUCAAUAGAUCUGGUAGCUUGUUAGCCGCAGCCGGUGACGAUGAUGGGAUCAAGUUGAUCGCCACCAUCGAUAACACCAUAUCAAAGGUGCUCAAGGGCCACAGAGGAUCCGUAACAAGUUUGUCUUUCGAUCCCAAAAAUGAGUUCCUGGCCUCUAUGGAUUCGUCCGGUACUGUCGUCUAUUGGGAGCUCUCGUCGGGAAAGCCACUGCAUACGCUUAAAGCUGUAGCCCCUAACACUGAUUCAGAUAAUUCGAUAUCGAAUGUACUGAGUUGGAGGCCCGAUGGAGAAAUGUUAGCUGUUCCGGGUUUAAGAAAUGAUGUCGUUAUGUAUGAUAGAGACACGGGAGAGAAAUUGUUUACAUUGAAAGGAGAUCAUGAGCGAUCGGUUUGUGCUCUGUGCUGGUCGCCAAACGGGAAGUAUUUAGCGACUUCAGGGCUGGAUAAGCAGGUAUUAAUAUGGGAUGUGGAAUUAAGGCAGGACAUAGAACGGCAGAAGUUUGACGAGAGGAUAUCCUGCUUGGCUUGGAAGCCGAACGGAAAUGCUUUGGCCGUGAUCGAUGUUAUGGGUAAGUUCGGCAUCUGGGAACCUGUAGUUCCUCCAUCCAUGAAGUCCCCUAUCGAUGGUGCUCCUAGCCUACAAGGGAGGCAUACGAAUGGGAGUCUUUUAUUUGAUGAUGAAGAUGAGAAGCCUAGCACAUCUGGCAGUUUGGAUGAUGUUAUCGAUGAAAGUCAUGGCGAGUCGGCUCCAACUAGCCAUAAAAGAUUAAGGAAAAGAUCGGCGGUAUAUGCCACCGACCACUCUAAUGGAGAUAGUGAGGGGGAGGAUGAUCUGCUUCAUCAGAUUGAGUCACGCAAAAGAAAUAGCACGAAGUGUAAGGAGAGUGCUGGAAAGGGGAAGGAAGAGUGUGUGAUUUCGGGAAAGUUGAGAAGUACAAGAAUGCAGGAGGCGUUCCAACCUGGCUCGACCCCUUCUCAGCAUGGGAAGCGGCGGUUUCUUUCCUACAACAUGCUCGGCUGCAUUACUACCUUGGAAAAUGAGGGAUAUUCCCAUGUGGAGGUUGACUUUCAUGACACUGGAAGCGGUCCUAGAGUUCCUUCUAUGACCGACUAUUUUGGUUUUACAAUGGCUUCAUUGAAUGAAAAUGGGAGUGUCUUUGCAAAUCCUUGCAAAGGGGAAAAGAACAUGAGUACUCUUAUGUAUCGCCCUUUUAGUAGUUGGGCUAAUAAUAGUGAGUGGUCUAUGAGAUUCGAAGGAGAGGAAGUGAAAGCUGUGGCCCUAGGCACAGGAUGGGUGGCUGCAGUUACUAGCCUUAAUUUCCUCCGCAUCUUCACUGAGGGUGGCUUGCAGAGACACAUCCUUUCUGUCACUGGGCCUGUGGUUACUGCAGCAGGUUUCAGAGAUCUGUUGGCAGUCGUGACUCAUGCUUCCGACUGUCUUCCCUCAGGAGAUCAGAUGCUGAAAGUCAAGGUAUUUAACAUUUCCAAGGGAACCCAAUCUGUUAAUUGUCGUCUACCCUUGACACCCUGUUCUUCUCUAACAUGGUUUGGCUUUAGUGAAGAAGGCCGGCUAAGUUCAUACGACUCCAAGGGGGUACUGAGGGUGUUCUGCGACCAAUUUGGCGGUAGUUGGCUUCCUCUCUUCAGUUCAAUCAAAGCAAGGAAAUCUGAAGACGAAAGCCACUGGGUAGUGGGAUUGAAUUCUAGCAAGUUAUUCUGCAUCGUUUGCAAAUCCCCUGAUACUUACCCAUCGGUGAUGCCCAAGCCACUGUUGACAAUACUCGAUCUUUCUUCUCCGCUUGCCUCUUCCGAUCUCGGGGCUGCUGAUCUUGAAAAUGAGUUCAUAAUAAGCAACCUACACCUCUCGCAGAUGCAAAAGAAAAUAGAAGAGAUGGUGGCUUCUGGCCAGGACACAACCGGACUUGAUGAUGAGGCCUUCAGCACAGAAGCUGCGAUUGACCGAUGCAUCUUGAGGCUUAUCGCCAGCUGUUGCAAUGGCGAUAAGCUUGUCAGAGCCACUGAACUGGUUAAAUUACUCUCCUUGGAGAAGUCCGUAAAGGGCGCAAUAAAGCUUGUCACCGCCCUGAAACUUCCCAUGUUGGCGGAGCGGUUUAGUAACAUAUUGGAGGAAAGAAUGUUUAGUGAAUCGAAGGGGCCACGAGGUAUUCCAAGUGUCGAUUCCAAUGCCACGGUUGCAAAAAACGUGCCACCAAUUAAAGCUUCUUUGACAUCCGAAACCAUAAAAAUUGAGCCAUCGGGAAGUAAACCGCCACUGACAUUGCCGGCAGCUCACUUUUCAAAGCAAGAGCGAAGCAAAGAGUCGAAGGACGGAUCUGCAACGAUGCCCCUGAAGGCGAUACCGAAAGUUUCAAAAGAUCACGAGAGGAAGAUAGAAGAGAAGGCUAAGAAAGAAGGCGAUACCGACAUUCUCAAGAUUACAAAUCGAGGAGCUACUAAAGAAGGCAAUGAUCGAGUAGAGUUGAAAGACAGAAGUGAAACAUGUUCGAGCAAUGGCAGCGAUCACAGAGAAUCCAACCGACCAGCAAAUCCUUUCGCAAAGUCAUCGACCAACCAAGGGAAGCUUUCCCUUCUGGAUUCCAUCAAGAAAAUGAAGAAGGCUGAUCACGAGAAGGAUGAAAAGGCCAAUAACAAAAAACCGAGGGUCUGACAGUUCCUCAUUUUUCUUAUGAUUGACCAAAAAAAAAAAGCUAACACUUCAGCUCAAAUGCGUCAAGUUCGCAAAGUACCAGCAUUUCUGGAAGCAGUGGUUGUGCGACAUGCCAUGAACCAUACAAACAUGCGAAUUGCACCGCACGCUUGUUUUACGAACUCGUAAUCUGCUCGCGGAUAUAGCAUCACUCAUUCUAGUACCACUUUUUUCAUGAUGCAUUUGCUAAUAGCUCAUGAUUGUAACUUAAGCACUUGUUAUUUUUUUUCUAUUUGGUGCUCUGCAAUGUAAAUGCUCUUGUAAUGAUUUUCCUGCAGAAAAAUUAUUUACAGGUGAUGAGAAAUAUGUGAGUAAAAAAUGCUUCUGCUAUGUUCUUUA